AUGCAGCUGAUUCCACGGCACACUCUGGCUACCUGGACCAUUGGGACACUUCUCCCUGAACUCAGUGUUGUCCCCUCAGCCACCUCACUGCAGGGCUCUCCUGUCUGUCCUCAGGGUCACAUUGUCCACAACUGGAAGGCGCGAUGGUUCAUCCUUCGGCAGAACACGCUGCUGUACUACAAGCUUGAGGGGGGUCGGAAGGUGACCCCUCCCAAGGGCCGGAUCCUUCUGGAUGGCUGCACCAUCACCUGCCCCUGCCUGGAGUAUGAAAACCGACCCCUCCUCAUUAAGCUGAAGACUCGAACAUCCACCGAGUACUUCCUGGAGGCCUGUUCCCGAGAAGAGAGGGACGCCUGGGCCUUUGAGAUAACUGGGGCUAUUCACGCUGGGCAGCCGGGGAAGGUCCAGCAGCUCCAUAUACUGAAAAACUCCUUCAAGCUGCCCCCUCACAUCAGCCUGCACCGCAUCGUGGACAAGAUGCACGACAGCAGCAGUGGAAUCCGGCCAAGCCCCAACAUGGAGCAGGGAAGCACCUACAAAAAGACCUUCAUAGGCUCCUCCCUGGUGGACUGGCUCAUCUCCAAUAACUUUUCUGCCAACCGUCUGGAGGCCGUGACCCUGGCCUCCAUGCUCAUGGAAGAGAACUUCCUGAAGCCAGUAGGUGUCCGAAGCAUGGGAGCCAUUCGCUCUGGAGACCUGGCCGAGCAGUUCCUGGAUGACUCCACGGCCCUGUACACUUUCGCUGAGAGCUACAAGAAGAAGAUAAGCUCCAAGGAAGAAAUUAGUCUCAGCACUGUGGAGUUAAGUGGCACAGUGGUAAAACAAGGCUAUCUGGCCAAGCAGGGGCACAAGAGGAAAAACUGGAAGGUGCGGCGCUUUGUUCUGAGGAAGGAUCCGGCUUUCCUGCAUUACUACGACCCUUCCAAAGAGGAGAACCGGCCAGCGGGUGGGUUUUCUCUUCGUGGUUCACUUGUGUCUGCUCUGGAGGAUAAUGGCGUACCCACCGGGGUUAAAGGGAAUGUCCAGGGGAAUCUCUUCAAAGUGAUUACCAAGGAAGACACACACUAUUAUAUCCAGGCCAGCAGCAAGGCUGAGCGAGCUGAGUGGAUUGAAGCUAUCAAAAAGCUAACGUGACGAGGAAAUGUGUUCCUGAAGGAGCAGGACAGGAUUCCUCCCCCCUACCAGAUGGUACAGACAAGAUUUCCUGCAGAAUGGGAGUGUGUUAAGACUUUUAGCUUCUUUGUAUAUUUUGUAUGGCUUUGCAGUUCCUUAGAUCACAAUUGGCAAUGGUGCUGUUUCCUUCCCUGUCUUCCUGUUAACAGCCUGGAAAUGCUAGAACCGCCAUUAGGCAUCAGCAUUCUGGACUUUCACCCAUCCUCACAGCUAGUAGGUGUCCCUGUUGUAACACCAGCUAGUCAUAUUAUAAUACUAAAUAAAACACUAGUCUCAUGUUGGCUCCCUGAAGUGCUGUCAAAAACUAACUCCUUCUCUGGAAUUAGUAAAAACUGACAUGUUUCUAGCUAUUAGACUUCCUGUACAAAGUUUUAUAGUUUUCAAAGGUUUUUCAUGCUUGAGGCUAUACAAAUUAUUAUGCGAGAUUAUGAAAACAUCUCAAGUGAUCUCUGUCACUAAGACAUGCUUCAUCUUAAAACAGGAAUGGUGGCAAAAUUUUGAACAUUGUCUUGCUUUGAAAAAUAAGCCUGCAUAAGCAUAUACACUGCAGAAAUCAUGGACUCAAUUGGAGAGACUAGUCACACAUACAACAGAGUAAAAUUACCACAUUUCUAUGAAAAGUGGCAAUUCAGAAAAAGAUGCAGAGCAGGACAGAGAAUGAUGGAAAUGGUAAAAGAAUUAAGGAAUGACAUUUUGGUUUUUAAGUGAACCUUAAUUGAGACAUAUAGGUACCAAGAAGCUUCGCCAGUUGGGAGGUUAAUCUGAAGUAGUAAAAGUCUGGAUCAUACAAUGUCUUUAAAAACAUUUUUAUUACUUUCAAGUUUAUACAGUAAUCUGGCACAAGCUACUGCCAGCAUUCUUGCCAAGUACAAGUGCUCAGACUUCCUUUAAUGAAUAGAUAUGUAACUUACAUUUAAGGGGAGUAGAUACUUCCAAAGAGCUUAAGGAAAAAUUUUCCUUUUAAGUAGUGUGAACUGUGUCCUCUUAAUCUUGUCUAGAAUACCUGAACUGAAUGAUCAGGAAUUCCAAGCUAAUGAGGUUUUAUUUUAUUCCUUACAUUGUAAGAGACUGCCUUUUAAAGCACCAUUUUCCAUUUGGCAUUUCACCAAGGUCUAAUGUCCCUGGAAUUAGUUUCUUUAUUGCUCUUUGAAUAUCAACAGGUGUUUAUCUAAAUUAUACUGCGUUUGGUUUGAUGGCUUGACUCCAAAUUGGCACAAUUGCACCCUGUUCUGUAUAGGGGUAUCAGAAUCUUCGUGUGUUGAAAAAGUAGAUGGCAACUACUUAGACAACUCUUGCCAGAGUACUAGUACUUGAAUUUUUAAAAAUCCCAAACCAUUUUAAUGGUUCUUCACACUGAAGUAGCUAGGUCAAGUGUUUGAAAGGACGGCAGCUGAGUAAUUGCCGCGACGCCUAGCAUGUGUCUGUAGCUUCUCACUAAAUGAGCAUUAUCCAUGUACAUACUGGUUGUCUUGUUUUGCUAUAAAACACAGCGAAUGAAAAUGUUUCUACAUUCCCAUUUUUCCUCAGCUACUUUUGCCUUUCAAUUACAAUUAAACAAGACCCAAACUAUUGCUGAUUUUCAGUUGUUUCGCUUUAACUCAGGCAGAAUGGGGAGAUGAAAUUGUCAAUUUUUAAUUAAAAGUCUUUGUAUGGUGAUCCAAGAUUUGGAUAAACUGGUCAAUUGUCUUUGUCAAUCUGUUCCUCAGGUUACUUGGAGCAGGGUGUGUAGCUUGUCCUCAUAGUUGAAAGUGGUAUUGUUAGGCCAGCAGGUAUGUAUGCUUUAAGUUUAAUUCUCUCCUUCAUGGUAUCAGUGAGUUAUUUAAUUUUUUCUCUGGGAGGGUCAGAAAUUUUGCAAAACUGUUGUGGAACCGAGCAAAGGCUUGCAUGGGAUAAAAAUCACUCACCAUGGAGGUCACCAGUAUUUUGCAAUGGUUAUGCCUUGAAGUGUAAAAAACUCAGUAAACAAAGUGGAAAUUCAAUUCCCCUGCCUACAACAAACAUUUAAAGAGCACCUGUUAUAUUUUGAGGACAUUCUUGAUGCCACAAGCUUUAUAGACUUGUUUUCUGACUCCUCAAAAAGACCGAAGUGAAAAUCACGUGCCAAUUUUGAGUACACCUAGAUCCUCCUCUACACAUUCCCAGGAUGGCAGGUACUAGCAAUGGUGGCUACCUCGUGGCAAUAGCCAUGUGGUUAUGCUUUUGGAUUUAAAAGGCUAGUAGAGGCUGCUAAAUUAAACAGGGACAAACCUUCAAAAUAGGCAUAAACUGUCUCACCAAUACACUUCUAUUUUCCAGUCCCUUUAAUAUUGAAUUAAGUCUAGUACUCAAUUAAGGUGGGUUAGGUUUAAUCUUUUAAGUAUUCGAAUAGCUAUUCUUAUGAAUAAUCAAUAAAUCUAGUACCUGAAGUACCCUAAGAGAUUAAAUUUAUGAAACAGACCAAAGUAACUCAAGACUUUCUACACCCUGGAUAAUGUAGCUGUAACUUCAAACCAUGUGUUAUCUAUGAAAUUUAUUUACCUUUAUUAUUUAUUUACCUUUAGAUUCAUAUACCUUUUAAACAAUUAGCUCUUAAACAUAAAAAUGAUGGAAAUGUAGAAAAAUCAUUGUAAUUGUGUUUAAUUAGAUCCCUAUUCCUUAUUAAAGAGCUGAAGCUCUAUGUGGCACCUACUGAAUGUUAAUGGGGGGGAAAAAUAAAAAGUUGGGCAAUGAUAUCAAAGUAACUAGGAAGCAGCAUCUUUAAAAACAAAACGAAACACUUUACCCCCUGAAUUACAAACUCAGGGCAAGCAGCUUAGACCAACAAGGACCAGUGUGAUAAAUUCUCCCUCAUACCAUAUAUUGUUCUCAGUCUCAAACUGGUAAAAGGCACACAUCCUGUGUAAUAUUAAAACAGACAUUUUAAGGCUUUUUUCCCGUAAGAGUCAACUUCAACUGUGGUUAAAAUUAUUUUCUCUACACUCUCCUUUUGAAAGGAUCUGAGGUAUAGAUCCUUUGGUCACCUGCCCUUGUAUUUCUACAUCUAGACUAAAAUGAAAAUAAUACAAUUAGGGUCUUAGUAAUCGUAAUGCUUUUAACUGGUGACAAGAAGGAAGAAGCCUAUAGUUAAAUAUCCCAGAAAUUUAUUUAAUGUUUGCUUGAUACAUUUUAUAUAGAAAGGUUGAGGCUAUUUGCUUUGGGUGCCCCUGGUAAAUCUCAGGGAGGCACUGAACUACAAAGGGUGCCAAUCUGGAGACAUCAGAAAUGGAAACCACAAGCCCAAUUUUAUGACUGUUUCUUAAAGAUUUGUCUCUAAGUGAAAUUAGGCCCACUCCCUUAAAAACUGCUGAAUGUUGGAGCUCUUGUGUGAAAACAGCUGACUUUUAGGAGGGCAUGUCAUGUUUUGGUCUGUUGGAACAUUAAAUACUUGGAAAUAAAAAAUAUUCAGCUUUGAAGUUUUCAAUACUGGAAAACUUUCAAGUCUAGGGUUUACAGCCAGAAAGGGCUGCUUUGUGUUCCUUAAACUGGACUCUGUUUCCCACAAAGUUAAUCUUCGGCUUUGGCUUCCAUUUCUUCUGCAUCAUCAUCUCCAUCCACUUCUGCAUUCUCUCUUUCAAGCCUCUCAAGCUGCCUUGCAAGUUCGGUCUCAUCUGUAUCUGUGAC